AUGGAGUUUACCGCAGUUAUUAUUUGCGGGAAGGGGAAAGCCUUGAGUCCCUUUUCCCAAGUUCGUUCUACAGGAAUCCCGAAACCAUUAUUGCCAAUUGCCAACAAACCAAUGGUCCAGUAUGUGUUAGAUUGGUGUUUACAAGCCAAUUUUUCAAAGAUCAUCGUGCUUUUUGAGAAAGAGGACGAAUCUUCGGGUGUGUUAGAACAGAGCAUAAAAAAAUAUCAAGAGGAAAAAGAAUUGACCAACACCAACAAAAAUGAAUCUCAUGUCAAUAUUGAUACAAUACCUUACAACUGUGAAAAUAAUGGAUUAAUAUUAUACAAGUUGUAUCAAUUGUACCGUGAAAAUAAAGUUGCAAACAACAAUUUCAUAAUAUUGCCAUGUGACUUGAUAACUAAUUUACCACCACAAGUGAUAAUUGAAGCAUAUAGAAAUAGAAACGAUUCAGAUUUGGGUUUGUUGAUUGCGUAUAAGAAUCAAUUGGAUAUAGAAGAUAAAAAGGCGAAAAUUUUCCCUCACAAUUAUACUAUCUAUAGUGACACUGAUGAAAAUGGUAAUGAAAGUCCGGUAUUUUUGGACGCAUACACUCAAGCAGAUAUUGAAUUCCAUCAAGCAUUAAGUAUCAGAACCCAAAUGUGCUGGAGAUAUCCUGCUGCGACCAUUAGCAAUAAAUUGUUGAAUAGUGGGAUUUUUCUUGGAUCGUGCCUGCAAAUAUUCAAUGUUUUUGACGAACAAAAAGAUAAAUUUAAUGAAUCAUAUUUUGAAAAACGUUCAUUAAUGAAGAUUGUCCGUGACUUGGCUCGAAGAUCAUGGAAACAUGCAUCGCAUCAAGCAAGUGUUGGGUUUUUCAUUGUUCCCAAACAAGCUACUUUCUUUAGGUGUAACAAUUUGCCAGUAUUGAUGGAGGCUAAUAGAUACUUUAUGAAAAAACAAGCUAUUGCAAAAUCGGCAUCGCAACAGACACCCAAUAAGCAGGAUAAACAACCAGGGGCACAUGUUGGAAAUGAUUCUUUGGUUGGGGAAAAUACCGAACUAGGAGAGAAAACUAAUGUCAAACGAAGUGUAAUUGGAUCGAAUUGUAAGAUUGGUAAAAAGAACAAGAUUACAGGGUGUUUAAUUUUGGAUAACGUCGAAAUCCAGGAUGACGUGACAUUGGAAAAUUGUAUUAUUGGUCAUGAUGUUGUGAUUCAGGGCAAAUGUAAGUUGACUAAUUGUAAUGUGGAAAGCACGAACGAAGUGGCUCAUAAUACCCAAGCCAAGAAUUCAAAUCUAUUGUGUUUGACCUUGGAAGGUCUAGUAGACGAAGACGAUCAAUACGGCGAUGACAGCGGUGAUGAAGAGGACACGGACGAGUACGAUAGCACUGAUGAAGAAGAUGAGAGCGAGUUUGAAGACGAGUACACGGGAAACGAGGAUGGUUUAUUUGCCUAUUAA